AUGAUUCAUCAAUAUUUGAUUGUGGUAUUACUGGUCAUGAGCUGCAUCGCUGACACCAAAACUGUCAACUAUCAAUCACCACUCGGCAAUUUUGGAGGGAAAUCAGAUUGCUCAAGUUGUAGUGAGGAUGAUCUUGGCGUGACACGAUGGACGAUGCCGCUAUUGAAGAGUGGAGAAAAAAGAUAUUAUCUGGGCAUAUUCUUUAAGGCAAACUGGUUCAAAGCGCAACAAUACUGCAGAUUCCACGGCAUGCAUCUUGCGUCAAUUUCUUCGCAGGAAGAGAACGACAGGCUGGAGAAAUACGUUAGAGAAUCAGGUUACGGCCGAGAGCACUUUUGGACAUCUGGCACUGAUCUGGCCGAAGAGGGCAACUUCUUCUGGAUGGCCAACGGUAGACCUCUCACAUUCGUCAACUGGAACGCGGGUGAACCAAACAACUUCCGCUACGAGAACGGCGAAGAAGAGAACUGCCUUGAACUCUGGAACAGAGAUGACAAAGGUCUUAAGUGGAAUGAUUCUCCAUGCUCGUUUGAGACCUUUUUCAUUUGUGAAGUUCGAUCUGAUUGA